UGAGGACGGACACGGUGCGGCGCGGCCAGUGACAGUGAAUGUGUUAGCAAACCCAAAACAAAUAGCCUUGCACCGUCGUCGGAAUCCUGAAGCAAUGAACAGUAUCGGAGAUAACUGUACGCAGCUGAAGAAAGAUUACGAUACCUGCUUCAACAACUGGUUCUCGGAUCGGUUUCUGAAAGGCGACAUGGACGAUUCGCUGUGCGCUCCGCUGUUUAAAGUUUAUCAGCAGUGCGUAAAGGAGGCCAUGAAGCAGCAUCACAUUGAGUUUAAGGAAAUCGAAAAUGACCACCUAGGAGAAUCGAAACGGGAGGAAAAGAAACAACCAAACGAUAGCAGCUGAGAAACCGGCGCUCAGCGGACAUAUUUUACUGAGUAGCGGAAAAGUUCAAACAGUAGUUAAUUCUUUAUCGAUAAACUGCCACCAACCGUCGCCCUGGGGGCGAUGG